UGGUGAUCGAAGUACCACUGGGCUCUGGCCUCCUUCGGUCAGGGCCUAGCCUGGGGUGGGACAGGCAACCAAAGCUGCUCUGUGCCCUGGCUGGGCCUCAGUCUCUCUCAGAGGCAGAUAAAGAAUGGACCUCCCUGCAGAGUGAUGCCCCUGUGCCCAUGGCCCACAGCCAGUGUGGCCCCCAGUGCCCUGAAUCUUGCCCACAGUCCAGGAGAAGAGCCCUGCUUGAUUUCUGCUGGUUGACUCCCAACACCUCAUCUCCCCCGACUCAGGCCGCCAUGCAUGAAGGAUGCUUUCUAGCCACAGAGAGAUGAACUCAGUUGUGGAUGGAGGCUUUUCAAUUCUAAUAGAGGAACCAAGAAAUGUCCCCUCUGAAAGGAGAAGUGUGUCACUGCAUGGGCUCCAGACACAUGUACCCCACCUCUGUCUCCAGUUGAGUGCCCAUUCUCUGGAAAUCCACAAACAUUCCAAGAGCUGGACUUCUCCUGAAUCAUCUCAAAUUCUUCAAUCUCCACUGGUCUAGUGAAGGAUGUGGGGAGGUGACAGAAGGCGGGGCAAGACCCCCAGGGAGGUUAAAUUAGUCACUGCCACCCUCAACUCUCAGCAAGGGUGUCUCCCUGAGCAGAGGGACCUACAUGCACAGACUCCCUCCUGGACUUCUGGCACCAUGGUCCCACUGAAGAUGCUGGCCCUGGUCACCCUCCUCCUGGGGGCUUCUCUGCAGCACAUCCAUGCAGCUCGAGGGACCAAUGUUGGCCGAGAGUGCUGCCUGGAGUACUUCAGGGGAGCCAUUCCCCUUAGAAAGCUGUCUACUUGGUAUAGGACCUCCCAGGACUGUAACCGGAAAGCCAUUGUGCUUGUGACCGUCCAGGGCAGGGCUAUCUGUUCGGACCCCGAGGACCAGAGUGUGAAGAAGGCACUUAAAUACCUGCGAAGCCUGCAGAGGUCUCGAAGCCUCCUCACCUGGGACUCCUGACUGUCUCCUGGGACCACCCGGUACCUCCAGCAUCUGUGUUCACCACCCCAACCCCGAGUGCCUGGGUCCAAGGGAGGCCUUCCAAGGACAAAGAAGAGCCACACGGAGGAAGAUCCCAACCCCUUGUCUGAACUGGAGCCUUGGGCACAGAAGGGCCCAGAUUAAAUUCUUUCUGCUCA